UCCACGAUCCCCUUUAGGAGGCUCUUAUCAAGAUGACUGUCAUGAACCGCGGGCUCCAUUCUUCGCGCCGGAAGUCGCGCGCCGCCCACUUCAACGCCCCUUCCUCGGAACGACGUGUCAUCCUCUCCGCUCCUCUGUCUCGCGAGCUCCGGGCCAAGUACAAUGUCCGCUCGAUCCCCAUCCGCAAGGACGACGAGGUCACCGUUGUCCGCGGUAGCAACAAGGGUCGCGAGGGCAAGGUCACCAGCGUCUACCGUCUGAAGUGGUGCAUCCACGUCGAGCGCAUCGCCCGCGAGAAGGGCAACGGCCAGAGCGUCCCCACCCCUCUCGCCCCCUCCAACGUCGUCAUCACCAAGCUCCACCUCGACAAGGACCGUGAGCAGAUCCUCGAGCGCAUCGGCAAGGGUCGUGAGGCUGUCAAGAGCAAGUCGGCUUAAAGGAUGUUUUCUGAGGUUUUAUGUUCAUAUGGUCAUAGCAGCGGGAGGUCCGGAGUACUCGAGAAAAGAGGGGACCCAACCUGCGUUCAUGGUACAUCUAUGGAAAAAUAGAUGUGUCUUGAUGAAAUGAAAAUCAAAAAUCGGAUUCCCUCUAUCUUAAUGAAUUUUUUGUCGUCGCCAUAUCCUGAUUGCCUUGAUUCCUAGUCGCUUGACGCAUCAUUCUCUCAUUGUACAACACUCUGGUCUAUACGGAUCGUGCUGAGGGUGAUGGUAUGUGCGUAGGCAUCUCUGCUAGAGGCAGAUAUACAGGAGGUCAGAUCUUGCCCAAGAUAAGAAGUAAUCAACUGGACCGAAGUCUAGUCUUG